GCGCUCGCGUGUGUCGUCAUUGGCAACAAGUGCCAGGAAGAAAAGAUUUAAGUAGUAGCUCGUCCAGUCGACUUGAGCUAUUUGGUUUUUAGUCUGGAUGUUUUAGGCAAAGUUUUUUUUAAAGAUAAUUUAAAGUGUCUAUAGGUUUUUUUCUUUUUAAAGCAAAGAACGUGGCCGCUCAGGCGGAAAAUGGGUAAAAAACAGGAAACGAACUCGGAGUCCGAGUGUGGAGAACCCGCUCAGUUUGACCCGACCUUCAGGGGACCCAUCAAGAAAAGAGGUUGCACUGACAUCAUCUGCUGUAUCCUGUUUCUGGUCGUCAUCCUUGGCUACAUUGCAGUGGGUGUGUUAGCUUGGGUUUAUGGAGAUCCUAGACAUGUCCUUUAUGGUCGAAACUCAACUGGAUGGUUCUGUGGCACUGGACCAAACAAAGAUCGACCAUUCUUGUUCUACUUUGACAUUCUCAAAUGUGCUGCAUCUGUCAACAUUCUAGCAACUGCUGCUAGUGGUUUCCAGUGUCCCACAACACAGGUGUGCGUGGAAACAUGCCCCACCUCAUAUUGGGCUGUGGGGUUAACCGAAUAUAUCAAGCAUCCAUCUGAGGUUUUCACUCAGAGCCUCUGCGUACCCUCAUUAGACUUGAAAGUCACUCCACUGACUGUGCAUCAAAUUGUGGAGAGGGAGCUGUGUCCUUUCUUCUACCCACCUACAAUCUCUGUGCUAGGCCGAUGUUUUCCUGAUAUUGCAAGACUAGGUGCCAUUCCGGCGAACUUCUCCAACGUUCCAGGGUUGCCCUCCUCCGUCAAUGACACCAUCGAUGCCAUCAAGAAUGGCACCCAGGACGUUCUGAAUGGCUUUAAUGCCAGGGAGCUUGGAGUCCGAAUCUUUGAGGAUUUUGCAUCCUCAUGGCCGUGGAUCCUCCUUGGACUGGUCAUAGCCAUGGUGGUUAGUAUGCUGUUCUUGUUGCUGUUGCGAUUCAUUGCUCCCGUCAUGGUUUGGGUUCUGAUCAUCGGAAUUCUGGGAGCAGGGGCGUAUGGGAUAUGGCACUGCUACUGGGAGUAUAAUAACUACAAGAGACAGUCAGCUUCCAUUACUGACAUCGGUUUCACCACCAACUUUAAAGUUUAUCUUCAAGUCCAAGAGACGUGGCUGGCUUUCUUGAUAAUCAUCUCUGUGGUGGAGGCCAUCAUUCUCCUGACGGUUAUCUUCCUGAGGAAUAGGAUUCUAAUCGCUGUCGCCCUCAUUCAGGAGUCCAGCAAGGCAAUCAGUUACAUGAUGUCCUCUCUGGUGUACCCUCUGGUCACGUUUGCCCUCGUGGUGGUGUGCGUUGCUUACUGGGUUGCCACUGCUGUGUAUUUAGCUACUUCAGGUGCUCCUGUCUACAAAGUGGUUGCUUUGAACAACACUCUAGAUGAGUGUAAGGCCAUCAAUGGUUCCGUGGACUGUGAUCCUGUGAGCUUUAAUCAAUCCCAGUUCAACCUAGCCUGCCCAUCUGCAAGUUGCAUCUUCAUCAAAUAUAAUAAUGAGGGUGUCUUCCAAAAGAGCCUCUUCAACCUCCAGAUCUACAAUGUGUUGGCCUUCCUCUGGUGUGUCAAUUUUGUCAUCGCUUUGGGACAGUGCACACUGGCUGGGGCCUUUGCCUCUUACUACUGGGCGCUGAACAAACCAAGAGACAUCCCUACAUUCCCCGUGUCUGCCUCCUUUUUACGCUCGCUCAGAUACCACAUUGGCUCUCUUGCAUUUGGUGCUUUGAUCCUGACCCUGGUACAGAUAGUCAGGAUCAUUCUGGAGUACAUUGACCACAAAACCAGAUUGGCACAGAAUGCUUGUGCACGUUUCCUGUUGUGCUGCUUGAAGUGCUGCUUCUGGUGUCUGGAGAAGUUCAUCAAAUUCCUCAACAGGAACGCUUACAUCAUGAUCGCCAUUUAUGGGAAAAACUUCUGUGUCUCCGCCAAAAAUGCAUUCAUGCUGCUCAUGAGGAAUGUCAUAAGGGUGGUGGUGCUGGAUAAAAUCACAGACCUGCUGCUGUUCUUUGGGAAGCUCCUGGUGGUCGGAGGAGUGGGUGUUUUGUCCUUCUUUUUCUUCUCUGGGCGAAUACGGCUUCCAGGCUCCACCUUCCGUUCUGAGACUUUAAACUACUACUGGAUGCCAAUUAUUACUGUGGUAUUUGGUGCUUACCUCAUCGCUCAUGGAUUCUUCAGUGUGUACAACAUGUGUGUUGAUACUCUCUUCCUCUGCUUCUUGGAAGACUUGGAGCGCAACGACGGAUCCUUGCAGAAGCCGUACUUCAUGUCCAAAAAUCUCAUGAAGAUCCUCAACAAAUCCAAUGUGCAACUAAAAAAGGGUAAAGCACCAAAAAAGGGUAAAGAACAGGGCUGACAAAUUUUCCCUCUGGAAGCCCAAACGAUCCUAAAUCUGUUUACCACAACUAGAUUUCCGAUUUUGCACUUGUUCUGUUGAUUGAUUCUUGUGCAUUCAAGCUUUAUUAAUGACUGAGAAAUGUGAAUAUGAAAAUCUUAUGUUCAUAGCACGUUGUUCUGUAUUUUAUUUUUAAGCAUAACAUUUUCAUAUGGCUGAAAGGUGCCAGCAGGUUUGUUUCUCGCACAGCAGUGCUGCUGUGGAAACUGAAGAUUGUUGUCGUAUCACAUUACAGUUAAAAUGUGUCAAGGCCAGGAACAGUUCGGCUUUUUGUUUUUUGAAAAUCUUUUCCAGGUGAAACUAUUUUUAUUUAAAGAAAUGAAAGCAGUAUCCUUCAGAUAUUAUUUAAAAUUGUUUUAUAAAUAGGAUUUGACUAUAUUAAGUACUGUUAAUAAAACUGUAAAUAUGACUGUGUUAAGUUGUCUGCUCAGCGACAGAUAAAAUGUUUUGUUUUUACCUGUUUGGUAAUAAACAUUCAGAUUUUUCUUCCAUCACCACA